AUGGUCAGCAGGCUUGCGCAAUGCAAGGGGUGGAGAGACAGACUGGGACUCGGCGCAGGGGUCACAGGAUUCGGCGGUGUCAGUUCCACGACGUGUGCGCCAUCUACGUGGCGUAUGGAACCGGCUGGACGAUACUCUGGCAGAAAAGCCCGACAUUUGUGCCGCCACUAUGGCAUGCAGAAGAUUCGGAAGAGACGCAGGUCAGGUGGGAGCACGGCUCUCCGCGACGAUGUGUUUGUUGGAUUUGCAGGCGCAGAUGACAGCAGCGCACACAAUGCAGAGACAUUGCAUGAUGUGCGUGGCGGCGACGCUGACGAGCAAUAUGCUCCAGCAUGGGCUCCCCGUUCUCGGCAGCAGCAGCAGAUGACAUCCGAGAAUGGAGUGGGUGCAGAUAACCAGGAGGGCCUGGAAUCGGGAGAGGACGGCGGGAGACCACUCGGCGGAUUUGCUAGCGGAUUUGCUAAAUGGGCUGGCAAUUGA